AUGAAUCCUUUGUACGAUCCAGUUGUCUUGUUACAAGAAACUCCAUAUAGGCGUUGGAAUACACUUGAUAAAAAUGAUUUACUUAUGCAAGGUAAAUUAACUCCUCAUCUUACAUGUUUGUCCACUGACAGGAUAGGUUCUAAAGUAUUUAGUAGAUCAUUUAAUUCAAAUGUGUAUGGUAAACAUUCAUGGUUGUGUGGUAGUCAUUAUCUACAAAAGUUAUUUUGUUGGCCAUGUUUGUUGUUCAGUCAAACAAAGUCUGUUUGGGUUACAGAAGGUUACAAUGACUAUAAAAAUCUGUCUAGAAGCAUUCAAAGACAUGAAUCUUCAAAAGAUCAUGUCCAUAAUAAUUUCAGCUUAAAAAAAUUGGAAAGCAAUACAGUCACUGUUGUAGAUACACUUAAGGAGCAUGGUAAAUUGUUUAAGAAAAAUUACAAUGAAAAUGUUAGACUAAAUCGGCUAUUUAUGGAGCAUUUGAUUGAUUUAGUAUUAUAUUUGUCCAAACAAGAGUUAGCUUUACGUGGGCAUGACGAAAGUAAUAGUUCCUUAAAUAAAGGUAAUUACAAAGAGUUAUUUGAAAUGUUUUUUAGUAGAUUCUCAUUAGAAAUUCAAAAUCAUUAUAAAACUAUUCAAAAUAAGUUUUCUGGUACAUCAAAAAUCAUUCAAAAUGAUUUAAUUUUUUGUAUUUCUGAAUAUUUGUCAAAUCAUACUAAACAAGAAGUUAGAGAUAGUAUAUUUUAUUCUAUUCAAAUUGAUGAUACAACUGAUAUUACCCAAAAAACACAGUGUUCUGUUAUUUUAAGAUAUGUCACUAAAAAAUCUGAAUUAGUUGAGCGUUUUUUUGGAUUUCAUAAUUUAAUUGGUCAAUGUUAUGACGGUGCUAGUGUCAUGGCAGGCAACAUAACGGGUUUACAAGCCAGAAUCAAAGCUAUUGCACCUAAUGCAUUAUUCACUCACUGUCUAGCACAUAGAUUGAAUUUGGUUUUGCAACAUGGGUGUAGUUUAAAUGACAAAUGUCGCAUAUUCUUUGCUAAUAUGACUGGUAUAUCUGCCUACUUUCACAACUCUACAUCCCGUACUAAUGUUGCUGAUGAACUUAUUGGAAAACGUGUUCCCCAAUUUGUUCAAACCAGAUGGUCAUCAAGAUCAAAAAUUUUACAUUUAUUGGUUAAUGAAUGGUCCAAAUUUCAAACAGUUUUUGAAACUAUAAUUAAUAAUCCUAAUUCCUCCGCAGAAUCUAUUUGUGGUGCUAUAGGACAUACUAAAAAUUUAAAAUCUUUUGAAUUUGCAUUCCUAGCACUUAUAUUUAGUGACAUAUUUUUAAUUACUGACAAUUUAUUUAACACAUUACAGAAUAAAUCUUUUGAUAUUGAAUAUUGUCUCAGAAAAAUUAAUAUAACUUGUGAUCUUAUACAGAAAAAGAGGAAUGAAACAGAGUUUUCAAAUUUUUUUAGUAAAGCAGUUACCCUAACAAAGUUUCCAACAGCUAAAAGAAAUAGUUCAAACACUGAAAUAAAUUUUAAAAUUCUAUUUUAUGAAAUAAUAGAUAGUAUUCUUAUGCAAUUGCGUACAAGGUUUAAUGAUACAGAUAGAUUGUUAUUCUUACAAUUGGCUGAUGUAUCAAAAUUCAAAGAAUAUUCUAACCAAUUUCCCAUCAUUGCUUUUAAAAAUCUAAAAAGAACAUAUUCUGAUAUAUUCCAUGAUGAAAAAAAAUUAAAAGUAGAAUUAGAAGUUUUAUACAACGAUGACAAGUAUCAAAAUCUACAACAUAUUUAUGACUUGGUUAAAAUAUUUGAAAAAAGUGGUAUAAAGGAUGUUAUGCCUGAAGCAUAUAAACUAUUUGUGUUAAUUUUGACCAUUCCGUCAACAAGUGUUUCUGUUGAAAGAAGCUUUUCUUGUUUAAAAAGAAUUAAAACCUAUUUAAGAAACAAUUUAGCUAUGAAUAUCGACUAA